AUGUAUGCGAAUCGACCUACGUAUCUGGGAUGUAAUGCAGCGCACGGUUGCAAUGAGGGGUGUUUAUGGAAAAGCAAGCGCGAGAGCUCGGCGCGCUCGAAGGUGGUAAUUCCCUCCCACAUCCUGGGGAGGAUCUGCGGAAGGACCACUCACGACACGAAGGAGGGUGUGACCGCGAUCUGA